GCUCAUUUCCUCUGAAAGUGAAACGAGCUCAUUCCACUCAGCGAAAAGCUGCUUUCAUGACCACCACCCAGUUCGGUACUUUGUGUUUUAGUUUCGAGGAGAAAUUCCCCCGCCCCCUACUCCCACCAAGUUAUCAACGUCUGGAGAGACUUUUCUUCUUUUCGUCGCUUUUGCUUGACCUCGUCAGCCGUCGGCUUCAGCAGCUCCAGCUUUAAUGGCGGAGAUGGACAGGCGACUGCUGUCCCGGAUUGACGACAACCUGGACUCUGGAGAGGUAGCCGACCUGUGCUUCCUGUGUAGCGACAUCAUCAACAGAAAGCAAUUUGAGGAGAUCAAGUGUGCAAGGGACUUGUUUGUGAAACUGGAGGAGAAAGGUUUCCUGAAUAGUACAUUCCUCGCUGAGCUGUUCCGCACCAUCCGUCGAGCAGAUCUCCGCCAAGUGCUGGAAAACGACAGCAGAGAAAGGGAGGAAACGGACGCCUCUCCUGCUUACCUGUCUCAAUACAGGUUGAUGCUGUAUAAAAUACACGAGGAUCUGACCGAUGACAAGGUGGAGAAGUUGAAGUUUCUAGUCAACGAUCAGAUCACCAAACGACACCUGGACAAGAGCAGCACGGCUUUAGACGUGUUUGCUGAAAUGGAGAAGGCAGGUCUGAUCUCCAAAAACAACGUCGAUAAACUCCACGAGCUCAUGAUCAACAUUGGGGAUAGACCGCUGGCUGAAACUGUCAAAAAGUACAAAGACGUGCUCCCUCCCACAGGUCCAGAUUGUAGUGCGCAACAGGCGACGACGCCAUCUGAAGACGUAGACGAGUUCUAUAGUCUGAACCAGAAUCCUCGAGGUUUGUGUGUGAUCAUCAGCAAUGAGGACUUCAUGGGAUUGAAAUACAAAAAACGUCUUGGAAGCAAAAAGGACAACGAAAAUCUGAGCAAGCUGUUCAAACGCUUCGGCUUUGUUCCGGUCUUACACAAAGACCUGACGGCCAAGAAGAUUACAGAGACGCUCAACAAGCUGAGCCAGAGGGACUUUUCUAAGGAGGAUGCCCUGGUGGUGUGUGUGCUAUCCCACGGAGAAAAGGGCGCCAUCAUUGGCACUGAUGAAAAGGAAGUGACACUGGAACAAAUAUUUGAGCCGUUCAAGAACGUUUCCUCCUUGUUUGGGAAGCCCAAACUCUUCUUCAUUCAGGCAUGUCAGAACGAGGUGCCUUCGGCGACAACUCAAAAGACAAACCAGGAUGACCCAUCCAAAGAGACGGCACCCAAUUCUGUCUUCUCGGACGCAAGUUGUCCUUCUAAGGAUGGAGACAUUUUGAUUGGCAUGGCCACAGUGCCUAACAACAACGCUUAUCGGCACACAGAAGAUGGCUCCAUAUACAUCCAGGUACUCUGCGAGGAGCUGGAAAAAGCAGCUAAAAGCCCGAACAGAGAAGACAUCCUCACCGUCUUAACGCGUGUGAACAGGAAGGUCAACACCCAUAAUUUGAUACGUAGCAGGCAGAUGCCAGAGCCCAAAUACACUCUCACCAAGAGGCUCGUCUUGAGAUUUGUUGAACUGUCUGGAACCGUGCCUACGAUGAUCUGACAGGCGCUGGAUUCUAGUUUACAAGUGUGUAUGGAUAUGAGUCUUUGAGUUUCUGAAUGGUUCUGUUUGUUAGGAAAAUUUUUGUAUUUUGGUAAAUCAAACAUAAAAGUCGUCAUAGAAUCACGUACUUUGAAAUUUAUGAAAUAAAUCGAGAAGAAAAU